CGAACCUCGUGGACAUAAGCAACGAGUCUACGUGUGGCAACGGCUCCGCUAGCUAGUAUGGCGGAGUUUAAAGAUUUUCGGAACGUUUUCGAGAAUUUGCCUUGUGGUAAAUCUGCAACUAAUAUCCAGCCGUCCGGCGCCGACGGCCCAGCCGCAGCUGCCAUUCGCCCAGAGCGAAGGAGCUUUUGCGAAGCGGAACCCUCCAGAGCCCCGAGGAACCCCGUCGACCCGCAGCCCGUCAUGCCCCUCGGCGGCCCCCCGCAGGCCGUGAUGGCCGCCGCCCCCUGGAGGUCCCCUGAGGCGCCCAGAGGGGUCGUCGUCGCCGGGGACCACGAGGUGAAAAUGCCGCCAGCGGGAUUCCUGAGCAGGGAUGAGUGCAGCAGCCCCUCCGCUAUCAGCGCCGCCGCCAGGAUCGAGGCGCAAGUAGACCGGAUCGACAACCUGAAAGCCGACCUCGACAUAAGCACCCUCAGCCCCGACUCGCAGCUCGUGGUCGGCCUCAUCACCAAGACGCUCCGCAACGAAAUCAACGACCUCAAACUCGUCCUCCAGAGAAGAGAUGAGACGAUCCGGAGCGAAAUUAGGAACCUGAAAGAGAGACUCACUUCUUUGGAGACAAAAAUUGACGACUGCAACGAGAAACUGAAACACGAGAAUACAUAUAGUUCGCUUUGGUGCUGUUUCGGAUGACGACGCUCUUGUAUUUGAUAAUAUUUGUGUAUAUAGAUAUAAUAUAUAAGUAUACUGUGUAUGAAAACCUGUGUGUAUACUUAUGUGCAUAUACAUGUUAUAAAUACUGUAAAUUCAGGUGUGUAAAAACUAUGUUUUUCCUCCUAUCACAAAAUGGAGGAAGGGCGUUAACUGUUCCUUAUGAAAAAGUGCUGUGCUAGUCAUUAAAAACAUUAAGCCUGUAAUGAAUAGGAAUGUAUAAGUUAUAGAAAAAUAAGCCUGUGUGCAUUGUGAUAAGGGGAUCUAUGGUGUUUGUACGCGAUAUUGUGGCCACAGCUUUUGUAAAGAAUUGUAGAUUUAAUAGAAAUGUUUAUAUAAGAUGAAUAUAUGUGUUAGUGCAAGAGCUUGCGUGGUGUAAGAGAGAGAGAGAGAGAGAGAGAGAGGAGAGAGA